UCACAGCCCAGCUGUGUCGUGAUAAGCACAAAAAAAAAAAAAAUCACAUCUAAGCACAGAAAAAAAAAAAAAAAAACCCUAAAUGAAUCGGUUAUUACCGUAAAUGCUUGCUUCCAUUCACUAAAGGGUUAAAUUCAGUAAAAAAAUAAAGAGACCAGUCUUUUGAAAAAUUCCUUUAACCACUUGCCUACUGGGCACUUAUAUCCUCUUCGUGCCCAGGCCAGUUUUCAGCUUUCAGCGCUGUUGCACUUUGAAUGACAAUUGUGCGGUCAGCAACACUGUACCCAUGUGAAAUUUUUAUCAUUUUUUUCACACAAUAG